GACCUUUAAACCCUGGUGUAAAUUUUGAAUGAUGCGCUGGCGCCUCCUACAGGAACAGCUCCGCACUGCAGGCGAGCCCGGUUACCACUGACUACCCCAUAUACAAACAAACAGAGAGGAGAGCUCAGAAACUUCAGCAGCUCAUAUAUAUUACAGAUAUAUUACAUAUAUUUCACUAUAUCUGCUUUAUUACAGCUUUUAUUACAGAUAACUCGCUAUAUUAAACACAGUCAGUUAAUUUAAUGUAUAUAAAUAUCAACAGAAAUGAGUUCAGCUCUGUCCACACUGAAGAAACACAGGAGAGCUCCUCUAAUACCUGCAGAGGAUCAGCACAGCAGUGAGAGGCUCAUCUACAAGGAGGAAACCCACACAGAUGAAGCUCUGCUGCUUGGAGAGCUUUUUCCUCAGGAUCAGCCAAAGCCAGAAACCACGGGGAACCUUACAUCACUGAGGUCAAAGGUAAAGGUCAUGCAGCGAAGGAGCCCUAAAGAAGACUGUCCCAGUGAUUUUGAGCUGAUGUCCAGUAUGAUGAAGAGACUGGGCCAGUUAGAGAAGAAGGUCAAGACUCAGGCUCUGGACAUCAACAGCAAGAUGAAAAGAAUAGCAGUUCUGGAGGAGAAACUUCAACUCCUGCAAGGGAGGAGGGACAGGAAUGGGCAAGAGGAUCACCUGGCUGAAAAGUGCAGUAAGCUUCAGAGACAGGUGUGGGAAAUGGAGAAAUUUCUGAAUGAUUAUGGAAUGAUCUGGGUUGGGAACGGUGAGGAUGAUGAUGAUGAUGCAGCUGAGGAGGCAGUCUCAGAAGACCAACUGUGGAGACCAGGAGCUUCUGUUGUUCCAGGAUUCUCGGUGAACUUUGACCUGGUUGUUCAGAACGUUCUGGAUCUGAACAUCCUGGCCGGAGAGGGCGAGUCCUGUGUGACUUCAGUUCCUGGAGGAGCCAGACUGACCCGGCCAGAUCCGGUCUCUCUGCAGCUCUACAAAAACGGCAUUGUGAUGUUUAACGGCCCCUUCCGCUCCUACCAGGACCCCAGCACUCAGCGCUGUAUGCAGGACCUGAUGGACGGAUAUUUCCCCUCAGAGCUGCAGGACAGGUUUCCUGAUGGCGUCAUCUUUCAGAUUCAGGACAGACGGGGGGAGGAGUUUCGUGGGAGGCGGCCUAUCGGGUUCCCGGGGAAAGGUCACACAGUGGGCGGGUCAGAGGAGGAACCUCUGGACCAACAGAAGGAGACCAAUCAGAUACUGCUGGACCACAACCAGAGCCAGCGAACAGGUCAUAAGAUAUCAAUGGAAAGGUUCCUCAGUAAGCUCCCGGAGAAUGUGGUGAAAGGAGGGAAGGUGAUCAGUAUCUGCUCCUCACUGAAAGCCCAUCUGCAGGGUUCUUCUGAUGGAGCUGAGAGUCAUUCAGCGACUGUAAUAGAGACUCCUGCUCUACAGGCUCUGAGAGAGAGGUUGGAGUCCAGGGAAGCCGGCGGCUCGGCCGCUGAGGUCACGACCCUACGGGUGAAGUCUGAGGAUGGGGAGAAGACCUUCAUCAUGAAGAUGCUCUUCACCGACACCAUCGGGCACCUGCGCCAACACCUGGACGCUCACAGAGGGUCAUCCAGUCCAGCCUAUGACAUCAUAAGUGGAUUUCCUCAGCGAUGUCAUAGUGAUGACACCCAGACUCUCCAGGCCUACGGUUUAACCCCAAACGCUGCCUUACUACUGCGGCCCCGCCCACCUGAGACUUUAACCACCAGCCCCAUAUGAAAUGUUAUAAGCUGUUUUACUGACAUUAAAAACGUUACAGUACAAAC